AUGGAUGAUUGCAGAAAUACAGUUGAAGCUGUUGUGCGAGGCCUAGAGAUAGCCAGGCAGAUGGAUCAGAUGGAUCAGGACAAGGAAAACACCCAAGGCUCCGAGGUGAGUUGCAAUGGGAAGGAAUUAGUGACCCUAUUGAGGGGUGAGAUCAAAAAAGCCAUUGAGUCGAUAAGGGGCCUAGGUCCAAAGAUCAAAGACGAUCUGGAAGAGGCACGAAUAGCCCCGAAAUAUAGAUCAGUCAUAGAUAAGUCAAUAGAACAGCAGGUCAAGAAAGCGUGUGAGACGCUGGGGACGCUAGAAAGUAGCGCAAAAUCUUACCUCACUUUUGGCAAAGAGCUAAUGGAGUCCUUGCAAAAGAGGGGAAUCGAAACAUUAGAGGACUGGGACGACUUUUUGGGAGUCGUUGACAGAGAUGGGAGUUUACUAGCAGAGAUCUGCAGUAUGCUAGACACAAAUGUGUUACAGGUGCGAGAUGUGGUCGGAGAGAUCCAGAAGCUCCAAGAAAAACAAGCAAAGGAUAUGAUGAGGAAUCAAGACGAAAUGUCUGAUGAAGAUAUGGAUGGUAUGGAGAUUAAUCAUAAAAGACGUAAAGCGUAUGAAUUGCCAAACAAUGAUGAAAACCGACGAUUGCAGAUGACGACACAAGUGUCCGAGCGGAAUCACGAUCCAGCGCCGACUGGAGCAGCCUACGGGCAGCACUUGAGACCGCAUUUGGAUCGUUGGGAAACAGCGGCGGAGCAAACCGCAACAGGUGCGAAUUACAUGGAAGGCUUUCUAAAAUUCUUACAAGCAAGUAGUUGCGUUGACCCUGGUGUGUUUCGGGGGAAACCAAACGAAAACUUCAAAGAAUUCCUACGAAGGUUCCGAAGGAAAUAUGGACCGUUAGGAUACGGUGAUAGGACAUUAUUAGAAAUUCUGGAAGACGACCACUUGGGCGAAAAGGCCAAAAAUGUAUUCUUGGCAAUCCACACAAGAGAAGUUAGAGGAAGGGUUCGAAGCGGUAGUAAAAGAAUUGGAAAGGCUUCUUUCGAGCGACUCAACUGCGGCUAG